UGAGAAUAGGAAUUAGUAAGCGUAGCACUAUGCGUCCGUUAUGCCAAUUCAAUGGACCUGCAUUCCAACGCUUCCAUUCGUGCAGCUUGAUUCAGUCUUCUGCGAAACGUCAAAAUGGGUGCAAGCACAAGAACGGGAAAGUUUGCGGUCGGAUUUACGGCUUUUGCAUUUUUGUUUAUUCUGAUCGCCUUCUGCUCGCCGUACUGGCUACAAACAGAUGGCGAACUAAAGCAUCCCAAGUUCACCAAUCUAGGACUUUGGGAACUGUGCCUAAAGAAUUUCCAGGACAUUCACCGAUGGUAUGACUACCCAUUCAAUGGAUGCAUGUGGAUAUUCGAGGAGGAGUACUACAUCAUCCAUGACUACAUUUUGCCCGGAUUCUUCAUAGCGGUACAAUUCUUCUUCACCCUCUGCUUCACGUUGCUUCUGAUGGGCGUGAUCAUGACGCUUAUGUACUUGAGUUGCUCACGGGACAACGAUCGCUACAUAAUAUUGCUGCUGACGAACGGAACGGUGCUGCUGUUAGCUGCGCUCUGUGGUUUGAUAGCGGUCGCCACCUUCGGUUGCUAUGGUGAUAGCCGCGAUUGGAUGCCAAACUGGGAGCACAAUGAUAUGGGCUGGUCGUUCGCGUUGGGUGUUGUCGGCACGUUUGCCCUAUUCCCGGCCGGCGUACUGUUCAUCGUUGAGGCUCGCCGAGCUACGUAUAGGAGGCUGAACAACAUUGCCAACACGGAAAUGGCCGCAGCGUACACGAUGGACGAGCGCAAAUAUCGCGGCGGACAUACCGAUAUUUAGAGUUAGACAUAUCAACAUUCCACGUUCCACAACAGGGGUGUGGUGUCCACUGCUCCCUUGCUCGGAACGAACCAAUGCCUUUUAAGAGAGUAGCUUUAGGAAGAUUUUUUACACACAUAACUCAAACAUACAUGUUUUAAGCAGGGGAACGAACGAAUUGCUUUACCGAACCGGCAAGUAGGGCGAACGAAUAGUAAGAUUAGCACCAAAAUCUCAAGAAGAAAAUAACUCCGUCCAAAAUAGGAAUAAAAGAAUGGAAACGCGUUUGCUUCCUACAGUA